GCAGGCACUUGGACUUCGUAAAGAACAGCCCAUGUAUGUUUGAGUAAUACUCCUUCCCAGAUCUCUCUCAGGUGUCCUGGUCGUUGACCAUUCGUUCCCUUGGAUCUUUUCAACGUGCCUUGCGCAGCGCUUGAACGUCGUGAAGGGGAAAGGCUCGGAAACAGAGCAAAGAUGUACGGAUUCGAGCAGCCAGGCUUUCCUGGAAUUGGCGCCGGGCCGGUCAAUCAGAUGCCGCAGUCACCCUACGGCCACCCAUCGCAUGUCCAGUCUCCUCAACGAACGUCACAGCAGUCAAGAGGGAGCUCCAAUCGUGAGAGGCGCAAGUCCCUGAAGUGUCUUGCGGAGAAGUGCAUGAAGCGACUCAAGUACGCCCACUUCAAGGUCGAGCACGGCUGGGCCAAACACUCGCUGCCAGAAGUCGAAAACCUGUACUUCCGACAGCAAGGUCAGGCAGCAGGUCCCAGCUCCAGCCCAGCCGACAGGGCAGGCCCCCAUCAGUCACGACAUUCCAGUAUCAAGUAUGCAUCACGUCAGAGCCCCAGCACCCUCGUUUCCCGCACGGCGAAAUCAGAAAUCAAGAACAGAAGGUUAGCUGGGCACAUAUACACCAAAGGCUACAACAUGUCCGCAGGAGACGUCUUUGGAAGUUAUGGCUACGCCCCACCGACAGGAGCAAGCACCCUAGGCGGAGCGGGUAAUCUGCCAUUAUCACCGCCUAGGACAGACGGCGGAGGAUCGCCGAACGACAGGUUCAACACGAGUGGCAGCGGUGGUGCAGGCGGUAGUGUGGGUGGCGCCAAGGAUGUAUCACCCCAUAUGUCUCGUAGCGGAUCCGGGUUGACCACCUCGAGUGCCAAUCUGUCUGUCUCACGAGCGCAUGCGUCCGCCGCGGGCACAUACGCCGACUUUUGGGCGAAGCUGGGCCAGGCAAGCGCAACU